AUGGUCAGGGAAGGACGUGCUGAGUGGAAAGCUAGCUAUUUUAGCCGUAUUUUGGUAAGUUCUUUUGUUCUGCGUUUAGUUUUAGGUAUUUAAAGGUGGCAGACUUUAUUUAUGCUGCUCUAUUUUGAUUAAGACGUAAAAAAUGGGGUUUUUGUUGUUUUUAGGUACGUAUUAUGUUAAAUAUGUAGUAAAGUAUAAAUUUUGUGUUUUUCAGAGUCUCUUCGAAGAGUACCCAACCUGUUUGCUCGUCGGUGUUGACAAUGUUGGUUCCAAGCAGAUGCAAGAGAUCCGUGCCGCCCUUCGUGGUCACGCCGAGAUUCUUAUGGGAAAGAACACCAUGAUCCGCAAGGCUAUUCGUGGUAACUUGUCUGAGAACCCAAAGCUUGAGAAAUUGUUGCCUUACAUCGUCGGAAACGUUGGCUUCGUCUUCACCAACGAAGAUUUGGGAGAGACCAGAAAGAAGUUGUUGGAGAACAAGCGUGGUGCCCCAGCCAAGGCCGGAGCCAUUGCUCCAUGUGAUGUCAAGCUCCCACCCCAAAACACCGGUAUGGGUCCAGAAAAGACUUCUUUCUUCCAAGCCCUUCAAAUCCCAACCAAGAUCGCUCGUGGUACCAUCGAAAUCUUGAAUGAGGUCCACAUUAUCAAGGAAGGAGACAAGGUCGGAGCCUCUGAAGCCGCUUUGUUGAACAUGUUAAACAUCCAGCCUUUCUCAUACGGUUUGGUUGUUCAACAAGUCUACGACAACGGAGCCAUUUACACCCCAGAAGUCUUGGACCUCACCACUGACGAAAUUCGCAGCCGUUUCUUGGGCGGAGUACGCAACAUCGCUGCUCUCUCCUUGUCUGUUGGAUACCCAACUAAGGCUUCCGUCCCUCACUCGGUUGCCAACGGAUUCAAGAACUUGUUGGCUAUUGCUGCCGCUACCGACGUCACCUUCAAGCAGGCCGAGAAGCUCAAGGAAUAUCUUGCCGAUCCAUCCAAGUUUGCUGCUGCUGCUCCAGCUGCCGCCGCCUCUGCUGCUCCAGCCAAGGCCGAAGCCAAGAAGGAGGAGGUCAAGGAAGAAUCAGAAGACGAAGACAUGGGAUUCGGUCUCUUCGAUUAG